GGCCUGGGUGGUUGAGAGACCUAUGCAUGUUUUAGAUGGAUUUAUUUAUUUAUUUUUCAACUUUGAGCACCUUCCAUUAUAUCUUUCCGACCUGAGAUCAUCAAGGAAUUGGAGCGGGUGCUUGUGAUCAAAUUCAGGCGCCAGCACAUGGUUGUAUUAGACAGGAGCAGUACACAAGCUGUUGGGUGAGUGUCAUGAGCUGCCUCCUGCUGACUUUUCUCUACGUGGGCAGUUUAUAUGUCUGCUGGAGCUCCUUACCAAGGGACCAUCCAAAGGUGGUAAAGCGUCGCUGUGUCAGUGUUUUGCUGGUGUCUGCAGCGUCUCCUGCGUUUGUGAACAUUUGGAUGCACUGGGCUGAUAUUACAGUUGACGGGUUCCCGUGGGAGCUGAUGGGAGUUCGUUUGCGAGGUUUCAUUCCUGCAUCCGUACUGCCUUUGCUACUGACUACGUUUUUGUAUCUGGGGCCCCUGGUUCAGUCUGCUUUGGACAACCCUGAUGGCUUCACCGGGGCACUGCAAUCUGCUUUGGAUGUUCAGAGCUGGAGGCUGUGCAUGCGAGACGCAGAGUGGCUCAGGAACCAGGUGGUGGCGCCAGUGACGGAGGAGCUGGUGUUCAGAGGGGCCAUGCUGCCUAUGUUGGUGCCCUGCACCGGAACCACAGCUGUUAUCUUCAUUGCUCCUCUGUUCUUUGGUGUUGCUCAUUUUCACCACAUCAUGGAGCAGUUGCACAUCGGAAAGGACAGUGUGAGUGCCAUCUUACUGGGGGCAGGGUUGCAGUUCUUGUACACAACUAUUUUUGGUGUCUUUGCUGCUUUUAUUUUACUGAGAACUGGUCAUAUUGUGGGUCCGGUUUUGUGCCAUUCGUUCUGCAACAGCCAGGGUCUCCCCGACUUCGGUUCUGCUCUGAACCACCAUCAGCGUCCAGCCGUGCUCUUCUGUUAUCUGACCGGAGUCCUGCUGUUUCUGGUGCUGCUCUUCCCCCUGACAGACCCCUUCCUUUACGGAGCCAGACCUGUCUGCAGUCUGGCUCCCUCUCAAGCAAAGGAAUGUUGAAUGAAAACUUUAUGAAUACACAAAAACCUGUGAAAAAUACAUUUUUAUUCAAUAUUUUA